AAACACAACUCAUUAUUGUUUGUCUCUUUUCUCCAGGAGGUAGCCAGUUCCAGAGUUCAGCUCCAGUAAAUAUCCCGGGAUCCUUUAGCAGCUCCGCCCCUUUUAGCUCGCCUUCGCCUUCUCCACCAAUCAGGACGCACUCUUCGCCUUUCUUCUCCACGCCCCUCUCACAGCCCAGCCAAUCAGAGAGCACCUUCCUGGGACCGUCGCACAGCUCGUUAGGUCUGAAUGGUAUGAGCAGUAAUAUCUGGGAGCACUUCCCCUCGGGGCGGGGCUCUCCGGGGACCCCCCCCACGCUGCUGUCUUCAGGGCCGUGUGCAGAAACCCCUCGUCUGAAGCAGGAGCUGGAGGAGGCGCAGAGGGCGCUGAAGCAGUGGAGCCACAGCUGGAGGCACUCAGCUCAGGUGGGUAGGUAG